AUCGAUCAGCAUUAGUUGUUCAGUCGCCUAGAAGUCGUUGACGAUUGAUGGCACUUAAUAAGAUCGUUAAAACGUUGUGCGACGAACCCUAAAGGAAUACGUGAAUGUACGAAAGUUCUAUGUGCACUGAAAAAGCUAAUAUGUGCGUGAUUAAUUAACGAAAAAAAAUUCGAAACAACAUCCCGUUUCUUCAUUUUCUGCAGCAAUUAUGAAUGAAACCUUUGAUUUAGUUUUUGUAAAUCAAAGUUAUCAGGCUCAAACACCGGAUGCGGUAAGCGUUUCGCAAGGCGAUUUGGUUGAACUCGUAAAUACAAUAAAAAAUCUUAACGAAACAAAAUGUUUUAUCAGAGUCUCUGAUGGAUUAACAGCGCGCGAGGGCUUAGUUCCAAUGGAAAUCCUUGAAGUUAAUUCAAAUACGUUUACUUCUGGUAAAAAUGAAAACGGUAAAACUAACGAAGCUGAUUUGGAUUUCAAAAAGAGGACCAUUAUUGGCGAGCUUUUGGAAACGGAGGAGGAGUUCUCGAGAGACUUACAAUAUGUAGUCGAUAAGUAUAUAAAGGCUAUUGAUAAGCCGACCACACCACGAUCGAUACGCGACAGCAAAGACAUUAUCUUUUGUAAUGUCAUACAAAUUGCCGAAUUUCACAUGGUCUUGAAGGAGGGCCUUGAGUGCUAUAGAAAUCAACCUGAUAUGAUAGCCAAAACAUUCUUAAGACUUGAACGUGACUUUGACAAACAUGUGAAAUAUUGCCGAAAUGAGCCACUCGCACAGGAGUUUCUAGCGACUAAUGUGGAAAGCCAAAAUUUUUUUCGGGAACUUUCGGCAAAGCUGGGCGACGACAAAUCGCUAUCUGAGCACUUGAAGCUUCCACUUCAGAGAAUCAACGACUAUAAGCUUCUGUUUAAGGACCUAAUUAAACUAUCUCAAUGCUUCAAAGAUAAUGUUAGGGACUUGGAGAGAGCUUUAGAACUAAUGCUUAGCGUGCCGAGUAGAGCCUAUGAUAAUAUAUUUAUAUCGAGUAUUGAGGGCUAUAGAGGUAACAUACAGAAGUUGGGCAGGCUAUUGCUGCAUGAGCCUUGCUUGAUUACAGAUAAGGAUGGUAAAACCCAUGAACGAUAUUGUUUCCUGUUCAAGUCAAGAAUUCUGAUAACAAAAGUUCGCAAAAUCUCUGAGAAGAAAUCGAUAUUUAUUUUGCAAAAUAUUAUAAAGCUUCCGUUGUGCAAUAUUGAGGAUCAAAUCGAGGAAAAGCGCUUAUUUCUCUCGUCCAAAUCGCCAGACGAAUUGAACAAUUUGCAGCUAUUUAUCAAGCCUCACAACGAGGAAGGUCAUCGAGUUUGGUAUAAUGAGAUCAAGUCAUAUAUCAACCACGUCGUGACCCUGCAAGAGCACACCGCAGACGAUCUGAAAGUAGACUCGGCAAAUAUUGCCAGUGAGAACGAAUUGAUACUUCGUCUGCCCCACAAGGUUGAAGCGUAUCAGCCCAACCUAGACAUACGUCCAUCCGACGUAGCCGAAAACUACUUUUUGAGUAAGGAGACCAAAGAACGCCUGCUCUUUGAAGAGCAGCAGCUGAAGAAGAUCGAACAGGAAGCGUUCGAGCUGUUCAAGGCCCAGCAGAAUAUACAAAGUGUUGCACAUCAAAAUAUCGAAAUAAAUACUCAAAAAGAGAUUCGAACUGAGCAGAAGGUGGAAAGCCAGAGUUAUUCGAAAACCGAAUUCAAUAAAAGUGAAAUUAAGCUAUCUUCCACUCUAGAUAAACAAGAGUCUGUGGCGCCUGUGGUGCUGCUUGAAUCUAGCGCAUUUAAAAGUUCCGCGAAUGAAUCCAAAGAGCUUCUUGAAAAUAGAAAUGAAAUCUCAAAGCUCCAACUAGAAGUUCAGGAGACUGUUGCCCAAAAAGUAGUAGAGCAAAAGCUAGAGCCAACCAUAGAAUCACUGGGGUCUAAGAAAUCUGAUGAAGUUCUAGUGCAAACUCCAAUUACGCUUAAAGAAACUAGUGACGUAGAGAAAUCGCAAAAGAUUGAAAUUAGAGACGAUAUUAGAGAGAUAGAGAAAUCUCAAGAGAUUGAAACUAGAGAUGUUAUUAGUGAGAUAGAGAAAUCUCAUCAACAAGAAACUCUAACCGAGGGUAAGAACAAUGAAGAUUUGAACUCUUAUACCGAUACAGAAAUAAUUGUACAAAUUCCAAUAAGCAAUCCAAUAGAAACUUUAAGCCAUUCACAUGAAACCCAUAACAAAAACAAAAUCGAGUUGGCAAAUAUACCUGGCUACAAUGAAUCGAUAUACGAUAGCGAUAGCGUUCAGCAAACCUCUAAGCAACGAGGCGAACAUCAGAGCUUUACUAAUAUAACCGAUUCAGCUUCAUUAACGCAAUGGAAUAAUCAACUUGCCGAUAUUGCUUUCAGGAAUGGGGGCGAACGUUCUGCACAAGGUCCACCCCCACCACCCAUACCUCCUCAUUUUGUUCGAAUGCCUGGCUUCUUUCAACCGCUUCCGCUUAUAUCGUAUGAAACCACCGUAGAAAUACUAAUUAUUAAAGCUCGCCCACCAUCACCGCCACCGCGACCGCCACCGCCCAUUAAGCGGGUGCUGGUUCAUACCGAAAGUUUAGAACAGAAAUCGCAAAACUUUUUGGAAGGUAUCUAUGACGUAUCAACCUCAGACACAUCGCUGCGCAAUGCCAAGCAAAAGAUACGAAACAUUAAGACAGCGGUCUUAAAAUCAGCCGAUUCAACCAAUUACGCCCAAGACACGGUUAAAAAGGCAAAAGCUCGCGACUUUGUACAUAUCUUUAAUCCGCCCAUUCGAAAGAAACGACCCAUUUUUGAAAUUGUUGAAGAGCCUGUAAAUAUUUGCGAAAUUGAAGGCGACUAUACUGAAUCUAUUGCUGACGAUUUCAGAGACUCAAGUGUCGACUUCGAGGCCCGCGGCAGAAGUGUUAGCAGUAUGGAUGAUAACUAUUCCAGUUAUUCACUGGCUACCAAACGGCGUAUCGAAAAAACUAGUAGGUACAAGGACUAUGAUAGGGGCACCUCCUACGAUAGUACUGUAGAUAACAAGCACUAUGGCGUUAGUACCAGACGUGAGCGGACUACUUUAGAUAGAACUGAAGGACACUCACACCUGUUGUCAGCCAGUCGGGCCGAGAGUCGUGCCGAAAGCCGGGCCGAGAGCCGUGCCGAGAGUCGAGCCGAAAGCCGUGCGUCGUAUUUGCAAAGUUCAACGUAUAAACGUUUAUCGGACGAUCUGCCGCCGCGCUCCAUUGAGAAGCCCAUCAUAACCAAAAUGCUGAAAAGCGUCCACGUCGAAAGCGGAGAGACAGCGCAUUUUGAAAUCCAGUUUAACGAGCAGCCAGGAUCCGUUACGUGGCUCAAGGACAACAAGGCCUUGGACGAUCGCCUAGCGGAUCGCAUUAUACAAACAAGUGCUCCAAUGAAUUCGUAUCGCUUGGAUAUUAAAAAUUGCAGUGAAAAUGAUGCUGGAACAUAUACAGUUCGCGCGCAAACUGCCUCCGAAACAACAACUGUUACCGCGCAGCUGGCUGUGGGCCAAGUUGGUGGUCAUGACGAGACGAAAACCAAUAUUGCGCCAGCAUUUUUGGUUAGCUUGAAGGAUGCUGAAAUGAUUGAAAAUACUCUAUUUCGGUUUAUGGUCAAAAUUUUGGGCGAUCCAAAGCCCAGAGUUAAGUUCUAUAAGAAUGAGAAGGAAAUUCUUGAGACAAAUGACAGAAUUCAAAUCAUACGUGAAAAGGAUUAUUUGGGCUUUUAUGAGCUAGUCAUUGCGGAAGUGCAGCCAGAAGAUGCUGGCGUAUAUUCCUGCAAAGCAGUGAAUAAGUUUGGCGAAGCCAGCUGCGAGGCGACAGCAACUACUGUGGACUUUAAGAAUCCAUUUGGUGCGCUGAGCGGUCAAAUUUUGCAGAGUGGAGAAAAGUCGAUAUUUUCAUGGAAACGAAAUGGAGAACCUUUCGAUCCCGAAGAACGCUUCAAAGUGCUCUUCGGCGAGGAUGAGGAUUCGCUAGCUUUGGUAUUCCAGCACGUCAAGCCUGAAGAUGCUGGCUUAUACACGUGUGUGGCGCAAACUUCAACGGGAAAUAUUUCCUGCAGCGCCGAGCUUUCAGUGCAGGGUGCGAUUCAGACUUUGAAUAGGGAGCCGGAGAAGCCAACCCUAGUUAUUGAGCAUCGCGAGGCGAACACCAGCAUCGGCGCCACUGCCAUACUGGAACUGCAGUGUAAGGGCUUCCCCAAGCCGGCUGUGCUCUGGAAGCACGAAGGCGAAGUCAUUCAAGUCGACGACAGACACAAGUUCAUGUUUGAAGACGAGGAGAGCAUGUCCUUGGUUAUAAAGAGCAUAAAUACCGAGGAUGCUGGCGAAUAUACCAUUGAAGCGAUCAAUGAGCUCGGCCAGGAUGCAAGCUCCAUUAAUUUGACUGUUAAAGCCCCACCGAAAGUGAAGAAAGUCGAGAACAUAGUUUGUUCAGCUGGUGAGACAGUGCGUAUGCAAAUCGAAGUUGAAGGAUUCCCGCAGCCUGAUAUAAAUGUGACCAACAACGGCAAAGAUAUAUCCGGCGAAAGUAAUGUGAAGAUUACAACGAAUUCUGUUGGCAAAGGCUCCAUUAAAGUUACUGUGGAGAUAUCUGAUAUUAAGCUAUCACAGGCUGGAAACUAUUCGAUUAGAGCCACCAACGAUCUGAGCCAGACGUCAGAGUAUUGGAACUGCACCGUGAAAUCGAAGCCAGUUAUUGUCAAGCAUUUCGAAGAGGAAUAUAUUCACGGCGAAAAGGAAACCGUACAGAUGUCCGUACGCGUCGAUGCAUUCCCUGAGCCAAAGCUGAGUUGGUAUCACGAUCAAACUGAAAUCAAGACCACCGAGAAGAAAUAUAAGGUCGAGUCCGACGGCAAUACGUAUACCCUAAAGAUCACUGGCGCCACUCGCGUGGAUGCUGGCAAAUAUACCGCCAAGGCGGUAAACGAGCACGGAUCGGCAACCAGCGAAACGCAGCUGCUGAUGAAGUGCACCCCGGAACUGGCGAAGAAAUUGCAGAAUAUUACCGUCAAGGAAGGCGAAACCAAUGUUGAGCUGGCCGUCGGCAUCGAUGCCUAUCCUGUGCCCAGCAUCAAGUGGUUCAUUGAUGGCAUCGAGAUCGACGAGAAGCGCAAUGAAUUCCUCAAAACAACUGAAGGAAAUAUUCAUAAGCUCGUCCUUAAGGAGGUUGCUGUCAACAUGCAGGGCAAUUACUGCUGCAAGAUAAUGAACGACUACGGCAUGAUCGAGGACAACUGCACGGUGACAGUCAACUGCAAGCCAAAGAUAAGAAGAGCACUCAAGGAUGUUGAAGUUAAGGAGGGCGACUCGCUGACCUUAGAAGUUGAGAUCUAUAGCAAUCCGGAUGCCAGCAUCAAAUGGUUUAAGAAUGGACACGAAAUUCAUGAAGAUGCAAGAAUUAAAAUCACCAGAGAUACGCAACGCAUUGAAAACUACUAUUUGACUUUGAAUCUUGCCAAAAUUGAAGAUGCCGGCACGUACGAAGUUAAGGCAGCUAACUUCAUCGGCGAGACAACGUCAAGUUGCAAAGUUCUUGUUUUGACCAAAGACUGUUUAUCCGUGGAAGAAACCGUGACAAAAACAAUGCUCGCUACAUCAGAGCAGGCAGAGGAAGGGGCUGUACCUGAGAUUGUGCACAUAGAUGUUUUCCAAAUACACAGCUUCGAGAGUGUUCCUCUUAAAUAUGAAGUAAUUGCCAAGGGCAUACCUAAGCCGGAGGCGAUUUGGUAUCACGACGAGAAGCCUAUCGCAGCUGACAAGCAUUUUGCUAUAUCAAAUGACGGGGAGCUUUAUAAAUUGGAGGUGAAAUCCUUGGAGCUAGCCGAUGCUGGCGAAUACAAAGUGGUAAUCAAAAAUAAAUGCGGCGAGAAGAGCCAUAAGGGAGUACUCUCGCUCUCAGGUGUUGCUGAGUACAGAAAACCCUUGAUAAUCGCUGCCAGCGGCUUGCGUGACAUCAAAUUGAAGAAGGGAGAAACCGUUAAUGAAGCCGUGGUAUUCACCGCCGAUCCUUUGCCGGAAAUCAUUUUGCUGAAGGAUGGCGUGCCAGUUAGCGGCGACAAAAAGAAUAUAUUGAAGACUGAAUCAAAACAAUUAGAAAACGGCUUAGUCCAAUAUACGUGCACGCUAAAUAUACAAGACGCUGACAUUAAGGACUCAGGACGCUAUGAGCUUAAGGCAAAGAAUAAGUAUGGCGAGAUGGCCACAAGCGGCUACAUAGAUGUCCUAUCGAAGCCUGAAAUUACUGGCUUGGUAAAUCAUAAGUGCAUGCCCGGACAGUCGGUGUGCUUUGAGGCAAUAGUGCUGGCCAAUCCAAAGCCAAAGGUCUCCUGGACCCGGGGCAAUGAGAACCUUUGCAACAAUGAGAGCUGCGAGGUUAUCGCCGAUGUUGACGCCGAUAAAUACAGAAUCGUAUUUCAAUCGGUCACGCCAAAAGACGAUGGCAAAUACGCGAUUGCAGCCAUCAAUUCAGAGGGCAGAGCUGAUGCAGAGUUUAAUUUGAAUGUGCUAGUGGAAAAGCCCGCCUUUAUAGUGCCGCCAGAGGCCCAAGCCAUUCAUGACUUCCAGCCUGCAAUCACAAAGGUAGUCGUACAUGGCGUGCCUGCACCGGCUCUGCAGUGGCUUAAGGAUGGCAAGCCAAUUGAUCUUGAAGCUGUCGACAAACUAACCCAGCAAAAGGUUUAUCUUGCCAAAUCUACAAACGCAACAACCGAUCAAGUCGAGGGCACACUUGAAAUUCCCAAAUUCAAGGAAAACGUUGCUGGCACGUACACUUGCGUGGCCAAAAAUGAAAUUGGAGAAACGAAAGUACCAUUUGAGUUGGCUUUGCAAGCGCUGGCACCGAGCUUUACCAAAAAACUGAACAGUGCGUUGGACGCUCAGCAGGGUGAACCUCUUGUCCUCGAGUGCGCUGUGGAUGGCAGCCCUUUGCCGACAAUCCAAUGGCUCAAGGACAGCGACGAAAUCACACCAAAUCCCAGAGUAAAAAUGACGACUACACCCGAAGGAUUAGUCAAAUUGGAAAUCACCAAUUGCCAACCGAAUGACUCUGGCGCCUACAAAUUGGUCAUUUCCAAUCCACAUGGCCAGAAAGUUGCGUUGUGCGCAGUUGCAGUGAAGCCCAAGGAAAUGCAGCCGAAAUUCUUGAAGCCGUUCGAAAAUCAAUCUGUCACGGUUGGCCAGCCAUUGAAAUUGAGCGCUGAAGUCACAGGUUUUCCUGCUCCUGAAAUCAAGUGGUACAAGGAUGGUCUGCUCCUGCGUCCUAGCGCAAAUAUUGACUUAAUCAACAAUCCCAAUGGACAAAUUGGCCUGAUUGUGGAUACCGUGGAUGACCAAGAUGCUGGUAUUUACAAGUGUGUAAUUGUUAAUAAGGAAGGCGAGGCAGAGAAUGCUGUGAAAGUCGAAGUUAUUCCUAAGGAAUCCAAGCCCAUAUUUGUUGCCGAGCUGCAAGACGCUUCGAGUGUGGAAGGAUUCCCAGUUAAGAUGGACAUUAAGGUUAUUGGUAGUCCAAAGCCGAAACUCCAGUGGUUCCAUAAUGGCCAUGAAAUCUUGCCCGAUAACAAGCAUGUUGCCAUUCUGGAGAGUCCUGACAACACGUUCAGCCUCGUUAUAGACAAGACACUGCCAACUGACUCUGGAUUAUAUGAAAUUGUCGCACAAAAUUCGGAAGGUUCAACUGCCUCGAAAGCCAAAUUGUAUGUUGCACCGAAAAUUGAUGAAACAGCCACGGAGGAAGCACCACAAUUUGUCUCUGGACUGCGGGAUGUUAAUGCCGAUGAAGGCAAAGAACUGAUAUUAUCUGCGCCAUUUAUUGCAAACCCUAUGCCAGAGAUAAUGUGGUCCAAGGAUGGAGUUCCAUUAGUACCCAGCGAACGUUUGCUUAUGACUUGUGAUGGCAAGCACGCAGGUCUAACCAUUAGCCCAGUUGAAGCCUCUGACUCUGGUACAUACAGCUGUCUGCUGGCUAAUCCCUUGGGCGAGGAUGUAUCUCAGUGCAAUGCUAAUGUUAGGAAAGUCUACAAGGCGCCACUGUUUACGCAAAAGAUAUCUGAUCAACAACAAGCUUUUGGAAACAAUGCCAAAAUUCCAGUUACGGUCUCUGGUGUUCCAUAUCCAGAACUCACGUGGUUCUUCGACAACAAGCCCAUAGAGGAGUCAAGCAAAUACUCUAUUAAAAAUGAUGGAGACCAUCACAUGCUCAUUGUAAAUGAUUGUCAAGCGUCCGACAAGGGCGAAUACAAGUGCAUUGCCUCGAAUAGGGAAGGCAAGGACAUUACUCAGGGUCGUCUAGAAAUUGUUAAUGAAGUCAAAAAGCAUAUGCGUUCCGAGCCACCAGUAUUUCUUAAGAAAAUUGGAGAUUGCGAUGUCUACGAUGGUAUGUCGGCGAAGUUUACGGCUUGUGCAACAGGCUAUCCAGAGCCGGAGGUGGAAUGGUUUAAGAACGACCAAAAACUAUUCCCAUCUGAUAGAAUUGAUAUUGAAAAGGAAUCAAAUGGUCUUCUACGCCUAUCUAUCAAAAAUGUUAAUGAAUAUGAUGUGGGUCGUUAUUCCUGUCGUAUAUACAAUCCCUAUGGAGAUGAUAUCUGUAAUGCCGAGUUAUAUUAUGAUGUCAUUGACUCACAUCAACGUCCAUUGGGAGAGCAGUAUAGCGACUUCAAGCAAUACAAGAAAACUGGUGCUCCACCACCACUACCAGAAGGUCCCAUUAUAUCUCGCAUGACCGAUAGGCGUCUGCUUUUGUCCUGGAAGCCAUCGGUACCAUUGACGCCCAGAUAUCCAGUCACCUAUCAGGUGGAAAGACUAGAUUUACCAGAUGGCGAUUGGCAUACCUUAAGAACUGGCAUUCGUAGCUGCAGCUAUGAUAUUAGAAACUUGGAUCCACUUAGGGAUUAUAAGUUCAGAAUUCGCGUAGAGAAUAAAUUUGGCGUAAGCGAUCCCAGUCCAUACACUCAGACAUUUAGACAAAAUCUUAUACCGGAGCCUAAGAAGACCUACACUUAUCUGCCACCUGGCACUGACUUUAGACCAGACACUUCGCCCUAUUUUCCAAAGGACUUUGAUAUUGAACGUCCCCCGCACGAUGGCUUGGCUCAGGCUCCUCAAUUUUUACUUCGCGAAAAUGAGAUAUCAUAUGGAGUCAAGGGACACAACACUGAACUUAUGUGGUUCGUCUAUGGUUAUCCCAAGCCAAAGAUGACCUAUUACUUUAACGACAGUCUAAUUGAACCCGGUGGUAGAUUCGAUUACAGCUACACUCGUAACGGACAGGCUACACUAUUCGUUAACAACAUGUUAGAUCGCGACGUUGGAUGGUAUGAAGCAGUGGCUACAAAUGAGCAUGGCGAGGCUAGACAACGAGUUCGUCUUGAAAUUGCCGAAUAUCCACGAUUCACAAAGCGUCCCAAUGAAACGUUCAUAAUGUCACGUAAAAAUGGACGCAUUGAAGCCAGGAUAACAGGCAUUCCGAUACCGGAAGUGCAUUGGUAUAAGGAUUGGAAACUUUUAACUGAAACAUCACGUAUUAAGAUGCACUCCUAUGAUCCCGAUGUGUAUAUACUUGCAAUACACGACUCCAUAAUCAAGGAUGGAGGUCUAUACUCAGUGAGCGCGCGAAAUAUUGCCGGCUCUAUAAGCACCUCAGUCACGGUGCACAUUGAAGAAAAUGAAGAUCAAUACAUCUAUAAGACUUAUGGCAGGCAUCCAUAUGUGCGCGCGAAACAAUUGCGAUAUGAGGACAAAUACGAUAUUGGCGAUGAGCUAGGCCGCGGCACGCAGGGUAUAACAUAUCAUGCUGUGGAGCGAGCAACUGGCGAUAAUUAUGCAGCGAAGAUCAUGCAUGGACGACCAGAGCUGCGACCAUUCAUGUUAAAUGAGCUCGAUAUGAUGAACAUGUUUAAUCACAAGAACUUGAUCCGGCCAUAUGACGCGUAUGAAAAUGAUCGCGGCGUCACACUCAUACUUGAGCUGGCUGCCGGAGGAGAACUUAUCAAGGACAAUUUGCUUAUGAGGAAUUACUACACCGAGCGAGACAUUGCCAAUUAUAUGCGUCAAACUUUAUAUGGCUUGGAGCAUAUGCAUGAUUUGGGCGUUGGCCAUAUGGGCUUAACGAUUAAGGACUUGCUGAUUUCAGUCGUUGGCAGCGAUUAUAUCAAAGUAUCUGACUUUGGUCUAUCGCGGAAAAUAAAUAAGCACAAUUUGUCAACGCUGGACUAUGGAAUGCCAGAGUUUGUCUCGCCAGAAGUUGUUAAUAAGGAAGGUGUUAGCUUUUCACAUGAUAUGUGGACAGUUGGUUUAAUCACAUACAUACUGCUCGGUGGCAGAAAUCCGUUCAUGGGCGCUGAUGACAGAGAAACAUUAACCAAAAUCCGCGAAGGUCGCUGGGACUUCUCAGAUUCCAUUUGGACACAUAUAUCUGAAGAUGGUCGUGACUUUAUAAGCCGGCUGCUGCUAUACAGCCCAGAAGAACGUAUGGAUAUAAAGACCGCAUUGAAGCAUCCUUGGUUCUUUAUGCUCGAUAGAAAGGCAUCCGAUGAAGAUUAUCAAAUUGGAACGGAUCGCUUGAAGCACUAUUAUGACCACUUCAGGGAUUGGUAUGCAAAUGCUUCCUGCAAAAACUAUUUCCGUCGUCGUCGCCUAAGUGGAUGCUUCCAACAUCCUUCGAAGAUGGUAUACCCUCCUGGACAUUCAUACACACCUGAAAAUACGCCCGAACCCUUCAUCGAACCGCGUACCAGAACUAAGGAAGUUGUUUCUAAAUUCCUGCAUCCCGAUUAUGAGUUGGGUCUCAUACAAUCCGAGAGCCACUAUCAAUAUGGUCCCGAUACCUACUUACUGCAGCUAAGAGAUGUAAGCUUCCCCGUGAGACUACGCGAGUACAUGAAGGUCGCCCACAGACGUUCGCCAUCCUUUGCUCUAAACGAUUCAGUUGAUUGGUCGCUCCCAGUUAUCCGUGAAAGACGUCGCUUUACUGAUAUAAUGGAUGAGGAAAUUGACGAUGAACGCACAAGGAGUCGCAUUAGCAUGUAUUCCGCUAAUGAUUCGUACUCUAUUAGACGUCUGCGAACCGAGCUGGGGCCACGUCUAAAUGAAUAUACUGAGGCAGAUGCGAUGAUAGAAACUCAGCGCGAAGGCUACCCACCCUUCUUUAGAGAAAAGCCACAAACUAUUGCCAUUACAGAAAACAGGCCAGCGCAUAUUCACUGCUUUGCAGUUGGCGAUCCCAAGCCAUGUGUGCAAUGGUUCAAGAAUGAUAUGGUUGUGACUGAGAGUAAACGUAUCAAGAUCACUUUCGAUGAGGAUGGUCGCUCGAUAUUGCGCUUUGAGCCAGCAAGUCAUUUCGAUGUUGGAAUCUAUAAGGCUGUUGCCAGAAACAAGGUUGGCCAGACUGUGGCCAGAUGUCGUAUAGUGAUUGCAACUCUCCCCGAUGCACCAGACUCGCCGGAAGUUUCGGCAACGAGUGCCUCGGAAAUUCUACUUAGAUGGAAACAGCCGCGCGAUGAUGGACACUCUCCAGUCAUGUGCUACAGUCUGCAAUACAAAAUGCAAAAUUCUGACGCCUGGACAACUGUAGCCGAUAAUAUCGAUCAUGAAUUCUAUCUCUUACACGAGCUCUCGCCUAACACGAAUUACCAAAUUCGCCUUGCGUCGAAGAAUCGCAUAGGCUGGAGUGAUAUGGGAAUACCCGUAAAUGCAACAACUUCUGGACCGGAUUCACCCAAGGUUCACAUUACCAAGGCCAUGAAGCAUUUGCAAAUGCUCACAGAAAAGGGUCAAGAAGUGGUGCUCGAGGAAGAGCGUGUGCACAUGGACUAUCAUUGUGAGCGCGAGCCGCCUAACUGGGUAACUGAUGCGUCCGUCAGUGAUAAGUACAGCUUCAUUUCUGAGAUCGCGCGCGGAGAGUUCAGCACCAUUGUUAAGGGAAUUCAGAAAUCCACAGAUACAGUUAUUGUCGCAAAGAUCUUUGAAGUAACUGAUGACAAUGAAGAGGCAAUAGUCGCUGAGUUUGAUAACUUUAAGACGCUAAGGCAUGAGCGUAUACCCGCAUUAUUUGGCGCCUAUAAGCCCAUGAAUGUGCCGAUCGCCAUAUUUUUGAUGGAAAAACUUCAGGGCGCCGAUGUGCUUACCUAUUUCUCUAGUCGACAUGAAUACUCUGAACAAAUGGUUGCGUGUGUUAUCACCCAGCUCUUGGAUGCGCUGCAAUACUUGCACUGGCGUGGAUAUUGUCACCUAAACAUACAGCCAGACAAUAUUGUUAUGGCAUCGGUUAGAUCGAUUCAAGUGAAGCUUGUCGACUUCGGCUCAGCGAAGAGAGUGAAUAAGCUGGGCGUCAAGAUAACACCGACUGGCAUGUUGGACUUCCAGCCGCCAGAAAUGAUUAACGACGAACCUGUCUUCCCACAAAGCGACAUUUGGUCGAUGGGCGUGCUAGUCUACUUACUUCUAUCUGGCACUAGUCCAUUCCGUGGCGCCGACGACUACGAAACUCAGCAGAACAUUUCCUUUGUGCGAUAUCGUUUUGAGAAUCUCUUCAAGGAGGUUACUCCGGAAGCAACCAGAUUCAUUAUGCAACUCUUUAAGCGACAUCCCACGAAACGACCAUACACUGAUGACUGUCUGGAGCACAGAUGGCUGAUGUCCUCCGAUUAUAUGGUUAGAAAACGUGAGCGCGCCGUAUUCUUAGGCUGUCGACUAAAGACUAUUUGCGAUGAAUAUCACGAAUACAAGAACAAAGCUGCUUCAACAUCCAAGUCCUUCUAUGCAGUCGAAGGCGCACCCACACCUUCUCAACUACUACGAUCAAACAGCAUUCAAGAGGAACUGCUCACAACCUUUUAGAUACAAAGAAACUAACAAGAAUAACUACGAAUAUUUCUAUAUUUCAGCACAUAAAUCCCAAAAACAGAAGAAGAAUGAGAAAGAUAAUUUAAAAUGAGAUUAUAAUCGAAAAUGUUGUUGUCAAUAAAUUAAAGCUUUUCGCAAUAUCACAUACUUAUUUCCCAAACCAAUAUCUGUAGACGUU